GGCACCAUGAUCAAGCUCCUGUUGAUCUCAGUGCUGGUGGCUGGAGUUCUAGGCUGUGGGGUCCCCACCUACCAGCCCAAUUUAUCCAGGGUAGUUGGAGGUGAAAAUGUGCUGCCUAACAGUUGGCCCUGGCAGGUCUCUCUUCAAUACAAUUCCAAUGGUGUAUGGAGACACACCUGUGGGGGAACCCUCAUAGCCAAGAACUGGGUACUGACUGCCGCUCACUGCAUCAGCUCUUCUAGGAGAUACCAAGUGGUGCUCGGGAGACACAGCCUGUCCACUGAGGAGAAAGGAUCUUUAGCUGUCAGUGUUUCAAAAAUGGUGGUCCAUGAGGACUGGAACCCUAACAAGCUUUCCAAUGGGAAUGACAUUGCCCUGCUCAAACUCGCCAACUCUGUCUCUCUGACUGAAAAAAUUCAGCUGGGCUGCCUGCCUCCUGCUGGUGCCAUCCUGCCCAACAAUUUUGCCUGCUACGUCACAGGCUGGGGACGGCUGCAAACCAAUGGAGCUCUCCCAGAUAUUUUGCAGCAGGGUCGCUUGCUGGUGGUAGAUUUUGCCACUUGCUCCCUCCCAAGCUGGUGGGGCAGCUCUGUGAAAACCAACAUGGUGUGUGCCGGUGGUGAUGGGGUGAUCUCCAGUUGCAACGGAGACUCUGGUGGCCCACUGAACUGCCAGGCAGCUGAUGGCCACUGGGAAGUGCACGGCAUUGUGAGCUUCGGCUCAGCACUGGGCUGCAACUACUACCGCAAACCCUCCGUCUUCACCCGGGUCUCCAACUACAAUGACUGGAUCAAUAAGGUGAUGGCAGAAAACUAACCAGAGGAACCUGGAAAAUGGGUCCAUCAUAAAGGGAAAAGGAAAUAAAAUCGAUGUAACAAGAACCAAA